AAGGGAGUCGGUAGCUUGGCGACACAAUGGGCAACUCUAAUGCCUUCCCUUCUGAUAUUGGAGAAAUAAACGGAAUCAUAUUGACGAGAGAGAUGCAAAAUCAUUUGAAUGGAUGCUUGAAUCUCCCAAUCUGCUGACAAAGGACCAAUUUUUAUUGCACAGACACCAAACCUUGUGUAAAUUUUGUGUUGUUAUUUGAGUAAUCCAUAUGAAAAAAAAGUUAAUUCUAAUUCUGGUCUUUGUAGCUGCCGCUGGGUUGCACAUGGAAACAUAGAAGUGGGCCUCAUGUAUGGAUUUGUGGCCUAUUAGGCUCAGGAGACCAACUCGUCUUUUCUUGCAGAAAACAAUUUGGAAGCGCUCAGAGCUGACUCAGGAAAUCGGUGUUGGAUUAGCCAGCAAUACUUGAGAAGAAGGAAAGAAUGGAAAUCUGAACGGUUUAACUAGGGUUUUAUUUAUUCAUUUUACUUUACUUUUCAAUACUCUGUAAGAACACAAGAAAUGUGGAGAAGCAAUUCGCUUGUUAGCAAGGGAUUGAGAUCCCACAGUUACCUGCGCAAGUCAUUGGCCUCCAGAACCAUCGCAACCCUCCCCUCGUCUCCGUUAAUUCGGACCCAACGCCUCUCUUCGUCCAACAAUCUUUACCGUCCUCUUUCUUCUCCGCUAUUCACCACCGCUAUACGUUUUCUCCGCACCGGCCGGGAUCCCAGCAUCAGUUAUGAGAUUACCCCGCCGAUGAACUGGGGCAUACGAAUCGUGCCGGAGAAGAAGGCCUACGUCAUUGAGCGAUUUGGAAAGUACGUUAAGACACUUCCAUCGGGAAUCCAUUUCUUGAUCCCAUUUGUGGAUAGAAUUGCUUAUGUUCAUUCCUUGAAAGAAGAGGCCAUUCCCAUUCCUGACCAAUCUGCUAUCACCAAGGAUAAUGUCAGUAUUCUCAUCGACGGUGUCCUUUAUGUCAAGAUCGUGGACCCUAAACUGGCCUCUUAUGGUGUGGAGAAUCCCAUCUAUGCUGUUAUUCAGCUUGCACAGACCACCAUGCGCAGUGAGCUCGGAAAGAUUACUCUGGACAAGACCUUUGAGGAGAGGGACACUCUUAAUGAAAAGAUUGUGGAGGCCAUCAAUGUGGCUGCAAAGGACUGGGGCCUCCAGUGCCUCCGUUAUGAAAUUAGGGAUAUUUCUCCACCUCGUGGAGUGAGAGCUGCAAUGGAGAUGCAGGCAGAAGCAGAACGUAAAAAGAGAGCUCAAGUUCUUGAAUCUGAAGGAGAAAGGCAGGCCAACAUUAAUAUUGCUGAUGGUAAGAAAGCUGCUGUGAUCUUGGCAUCAGAAGCUGCAAAGAUGGAUCAGGUUAACAGAGCAUUAGGUGAGGCAGAAGCCAUCCUAGCUAAAGCACAAGCAACAGCCAAAGGACUUGCGCUGGUGUCAAAGGCCCUUAAAGAAACUGGGGGAGUAGAGGCAGCAAGUUUGAAAAUUGCUGAGCAAUAUAUUCAAGCCUUCGGUAAUAUUGCGAAGGAGGGGACAACAAUGUUGCUUCCUAGUGCUAGUGCCAAUCCUGCUAAUAUAAUGGCUCAAGCUCUGACUAUGUACAAAAGCCUACUUGGCAAUGUUUCAAAUGAUACUUCUCAUGAGUCAUCCCUAGAGUUGACAGAAGGCGUGAAGGACAGUGCUUCCUCUGGAGAAGCUAUACAUAAGAAUACAACAUUCUCAAGUACAGCUGAUACUAGUCAACUAAAUGCACCAAGAUUUUCGCUUCAGAGGCCGACAAAAGGAGAUUAGAUUUGUUUUCAAACAUGGAAGGAUAAUGGAGUUAGAUUGCACCAUGCUCAUCUACAAACUGAGCAAGAUUUUUACUAAAAUGGUUUUGUAAGUUUUCCGGGUAUUACAUUAAUUUCAAUCUCGACUCCUUUGGAAAAAAAAAUAUAUAUACUUCUUGACUCCUUCAAAGAGAAGGACAAUUGAUAGAUAUUGUAGACAUUGAAAUUGAUGACUUUUUUGGCUAAAACCUUAGAAGCUCAGUGUCAUGCGAGGAAUUAGGUUGUUAUUUUUGGUAACACAGUGGCAGGCAUGAGGGGAACUGAUGAAAAUUUUUACAGAAUUUGUCAUGGCUGCCAACUUAAAAUGGUGAGUAGAUGUUAUAAGCUAGAACAUUUGAUUGGGUUAAUUUGAGUACUCUACAUUUUUUGUUUUUC